CCUCUCGCUGCUGCUCCUCCUCCUCCCUGCACAUCCAUCGCAGCUCUGUGGAGAUGGACCAGCUAGGCUUCUUCUUCAAGCUCUUCUGCUUGCUGGUGUGCCUUCUGCCCAUCCUUCAGGCAUGUCCUCAGAACUGUCACUGCCAUGGAGGAGACCUCCAGCAUGUCAUCUGUGACAAUGUUGGACUGAGAAAGAUUCCCAAAGUAGCUGAGCAGACCAGGCUUCUCAAUCUGCAGAGGAACAACUUCCCCGUCCUCCCAACCAAUGGCUUCAGGGAAAUGAAAAACCUCGUGUCUCUCCACCUCCAGCAUUCCCACAUCAAAGAGAUCUCCAGCGGAGCCUUCCGGGGUCUGAAGCAGUUGGUCUACCUUUAUUUGUCCAAUAAUGACAUCAGUGUAAUAAAGAUGGGAGCCUUUGAUGAUCUGACAGAACUCACCUACCUCUACAUAGACCAUAACAAGAUAACUGAGCUGCCCAAGGGACUCCUCUCCCCACUGAUUAACCUUUUUAUCCUGCAGCUAGGUAGCAACAAGCUGAGAGAGCUGAGAGCAGGAGCCUUCCAUGGCGCCAAGGACCUUCGCUGGCUCUACCUCUCUGAUAACUCAAUUUCCUCCAUCCAGCCUGGAGCUCUGGAUGAUGUGGAAAACCUAGCUAUAUUCCACUUGGAUAAGAACCAGCUGACCAGCUACCCAGUGGCUGCCAUGAGCAAGCUGAGGGUGGUGGAGGACCUGAAGCUCUCGCACAACCCCAUGAAAGUCAUUCCAGACCUAGCCUUCCAGUCUUUUGGACGCUACAUGGAGACUCUCAGCCUGGAUAACAUGGGCCUAGAAAAGUUUUCAGAUAAGGCAUUCAUUGGUGUCACCACACUGAAGACCAUGCACAUGGAGAACAACAAACUUUCUAGUCUUCCUAAGAACCUCCCAUUCAGCCGUCUGGAGACACUCACCCUGUCUAACAACCCUUGGCAUUGCUCCUGUCAGCUAGCACCUUUGCGCAGGUGGCUGGAAUCUGCUCGCUCACGUCCAGAUGCAGCCUGUGCAUCACCUUCUCAGGCUCGAGGACAGCAGAUCCGAGAUACUGCUGCACUCCGCGGCUGCAGGUUGCCCACUAAGAGGUCCAAGAAGGGAGGUCGCCAUUAAGCAGGCAAAUCAGGUUUUUUUUAAGGCAUAUUAUCAACCGUACCCUUUUUGAAAUGCCCUUCGGAGGCACUUCCUCAUGCAGGCACCACUGGAUCAUGAAGCCAGUGUAAGGCUCUUUUUGGUCAUCUGCUCAUUGGAUAGUAACUCCA